AAUUUUAUGGCCAUUAAAGAAUAUUUUGAAGAGGGGUUUGAUCCUUUAUAUAUCAACAGAAAAAGUAACUUUUAGGAUAUAUACACUGGGCACUUCUUGCAGUUAUAGCUGGAAUUUUGUUUUCUUCUAAGUCAAAGUGAAUUUACCACUCAGGAACAAUAAAUGAAUAUGUAAAUCAAGUACCAAACAAAAAUAAUUGCCAUUUCCAAGUUGUCAGUGGUGGUUGUUUCCUGGAGGCUAGAUCAGGGAAAAGGCAUUUUAUUGAACUAUAAUCGUAGUUUUGAUAGUGGCAGGGUGGGGAAGGCGCGCAGAGAGCCCGAGUCCAGGACUUGGAGGAAAUAAUAAAUUAGCAGGAGCUGUUAGAAGCAAUGUCACCGUUUCUCAGCGAGUUACAAGAAGUGUUUGCUGAAGAUGUCCAGAAGUGUCCGUGAUCGUAUGUAUUUGCAUACACAGGAAAUCUUUUCUGCAGAAGGCACUUCCUGAAUUACAGUGUGUAUAUAUAUGAGUAAAACCGAGCUGGGACAGCAAAGGCUUUGAUGAGGACAAGUGUUGUGCUCUCAGACCUUGCCAAGAUCCCAGUGGUGAUUAAUCUACACUAAAUGGAUAACCAGGCUUUCGAAAUGCACGGGGAGAGAAUAGAAAGCUCCUCAAAAGGAAAAGAAUGGCCCAGGAAAGAGGAGAGAAGAGGCAACUGGUCGCUGAUGAAAAUCUUUCUAGUUUGUCUGCUGGCCUGUGUUAUCACCACUGCGAUAGGAGUGCUGGUCCUGUCCGUGGUCUACACAAGCACCACCGGCAUCAUAAAAGAGAUCAGCGUUAAAGAUGAUGAGGCAACCUCCCCAAAACCAAAUGAAAAGAGCGUGGAUGUCAAAUUCCAGUUCCUGAAUCAUCUGACGAAAUCAAAGGUAUAUAAUUUCCCCGGUGGUGAAAUUCAGUGGGCAAGAUUCAGGAAUGAUGUAAAUGAGUAUGAAAACGAUGAAGAAAUGGAAUUUGGAAAAAGUAUCAAUAACCACCGCUCUUCAAUGACUUUUGGAACCUUGCGGAUCAAAGGCAAAGGGCUUCGGGUUCCCCACUGGCACUUCAAUGCCAAUGAACACGGCUACCUGCAGCAGGGUACUGCCUGGAUUGGAGUCAUUGGUGCAGACGACAGCAAGGUUACCACAUACAAUGUCACAGCUGGCCAAGUGAUCUUCUUCCCCAGAAACACCGUGCACUGGAUAAAGAACGUAGGCACAGAAGACUGCGUGUUCUUACUGUUUUUCACGACACACGAAGAACUUCAGACCUUGGAUGUAGAUGAUGCAUUUUUCUCUACCCCAGAGGAUAUAGCAGCAAGAGCAUUAAAGCCACAAGGUGGAGUUAACUUCAUCAGAACGUUCAAGAAACAAGUGGAAGAUCAAGCAGUUAACCUCCCUCCAAACCUGGACCAGCUGGUAAAAAGUGCCGACUAUGUGCAGUCUCCGGACCACCUGGUGUGGCAGUACUUCUAUAACCUCAAAGGGUCCAGAGAAUAUCAUUUUCCGGGAGGAAUCUUCCAGUGGGCUCGCUACCGCAGAAACAGCACCGGGCUGAAUGAAACAGAGAAAAUUUUCAGUGAGUCACUGAACAAGCAUGAAAAUACCCUUACCUUAGCAACUCUCAGGAUAUUCAACAAUCAGCUGGGACAGCCUCAUUUCCACUUCAAUGCUAAUGAGAUGGGUUAUGUCAUUAGCGGCUGCGGACAGGCUGGAGUUAUCACCUCCUCUGGAGCCACCAGCAGUUUCAACAUUGGCAUCGGAGAUGUUAUAUUUUUCCCCGUUGGAACCCAACAUUACCUUAAGAGCAUAUGUGAUGAAGAUUUGCUUCUGAUUCUAGCCUACAGCACAGGCGACCAGCUGGAAACUCUUCGUAUGAACGACUACUUCCAUGCCACAGCAGACCAUAUCCUGGCUCAGCUUUUUUUCAAGGAACAGGAUGAGUUUAAGAAGUUCCCAAAGUCUAAAAAAUAGACUGCCAACAAGUGGUCUCAGCGGUUAAUGGCUCCAAGGAUACUUUGGACAAUGGCUGUGUUUCUGGCAGUACCUUCUGAUGCCUUUCUCACUGUUUAUCCAGAAGAGAUGUUCAGAAAACAGAAUUUGUGGUUACUAAUUUUAUUUUUUUUCCUGUUUGUAUUUUUUUUAUCAUGUAUUAUUUAUAGUGCAAUGUAUUUUGAGUGUCUAUUAAAUUAACUUCUACCUCUGCAAUUGCCUCCUGUUCUGUAUAUAACCCAUUAUCCCGCUUUAUCUCUUUCCUCACAUUACCAAAGUUUGCAUUGAUUUUCUGUCACGCUGACAGCACUUUAUCUACCGGCAUCUGCACAAAGCACAUGUACCCAGCUCUGUCUGCCCUGACACCAGGCACUGCUGUAAGCCCUGCCUCUAGACGUGGCUGCAGGAACGAGCUCAUCAUGCGUUCACCUCGUAUUCGCUGUCACUGCAGCCCCCUCUGUUGAGCUCUGUGUUAGCAUUUACAACAACUAGUUUAU